AUGCCCGAUAGCUGCCUUUACAUAACGUUCACAAAAUCACAAGAUGUCUAUUUUCCUGGAUCAGUUAUCGAGGGAAUCGCACAUCUCGUCCUGAACGAGCCCAUAAAGGCUCGAACGCUGACUGUUGGCCUCGAUUGCCGAGCACACACCAGCUACGAUGUGUCACGGAGCAGGACAGUUACGGAUUCGGAUGGUAAAUCAAGUUCGGAAAACUACACGGAAAGCUAUUCAGCUACUACAGUUUAUGCCAAUGUGGAAACCAUCGUAUGGACAUCACCACCAGAUGGCAAAGAGGUUAUGCCAGCUGGUACGUAUCAGUACCCGUUCGUAUUCAAAUUGCCGCUCGAUCUUCCUCCAAGUUUUGAAGGAAGUUACGGAUACAUUCGACAUAUGGUGAAAAUGGAACUUGAUCGACCUUGGCGAUUUAAUAAGCGUGACAAGAAAGCCUUCACAGUUCUGCCCACAUUUGACCUUAACACUAUUCCGGAAGCAAUCAUGCCAGUUACGGAAUUUAAGGUUAAGAAAUUGGGAAUAAUUCUGUUCAGACAUGGAGAAGUGGCAGUGGAGUGCGAGAUUCCUAAAGGUGGUUUUGUGCCGGGUGAAAUGAUUGUAGUGAACGCACAGGUUAUUAACGACAGCUCCAAGAAUAUUGUUAAGGGGAAAAUAAAACUGUUGGAAGUGUCGAACUACGUGGGCUAUAACGUCGGGAAGACAAUUCCGCAGUCACCAUACCUAGUGAAUGUAAGAGGUGACAACCACCGCGAACAGCGACGUAAAAUAGCAACAGGGGAGCAAGAACUUUGCAUAGCAAAGAACAGCAAAGGUAACGUCCAACUGUAUCUACAAGUUCCUUCAACGGUGCCGUCUUUCAAUUAUUGUCCAAUAAUUAAAGUUGAAUACGUUGUUGAAUUGAAAUUCGAAAGCACUGGCUCACUCAACAGCAAUAUUGAAACUGCCGUUCCGGUGAUUAUCGGAACGAUACCCAUACGGGAAAGGCUUUCACAAGAACCUACACCCACAUCAUCGAAAAUUUAUCCUUCUCUACCAGAAAUGGAUAGUCCUCCACCAUAUUCUCAAGAAAAUAUCCAAGGAGAUUCUUUGCUGCCACCAUUCAGCUACGUGGAAUCAGUCAAAGGCAUCGAGGGCACGGUUAUUGACAAAUACAGUAUAGAGCUAUAUGUUCCUCGAUAUCCGUUCUACUCACAGCUAUCUGAAAUCAACAAAAAGGCAGAAGAAGGCGAUGGGAAAAAACCUUUGGAUCGACCCUAA